AUGGUUCUGCAGUCAUCCACACGCCUUGAACAUGAUAUAAGGCAGGAGGUGUCGAUAUUUCCAUCGCCACCCGUAGGUUCAGGGAACUGGGCUAACUUGUCCAUUGCCGACUGCGCUACAAUGUAUCAUGAUGCGAAUAAUGGUAUGUUAACCACGAUCGUCAUAGUGUCAGAUUAUGUACCCAAACCCAAUGAAAGUGGUGGUAUCCUUGCAAUUGGUGGCGUGCCUGGAUUUACACCAAAAGGUUCAUAUGGACCUGCACAACUCUGUCCCAAUGACUUCCUGGAUUCCACAUCAGAGUAUCUGUAUUCAAAUAGCACCUUGCAUCUAAUAAAAGCAGAGGCAAACGGCGAAAAUAUUGCGUAUUCAUUGUGCUCUGGAUAUGCUGUUGAAACUCCUCGAAACGAUAUUGAACCGCAGGCAGAAUACUGUUUGUUGUACCGAGAGCCGCCCUCAGUGUGUAAGCUCCAAUUCAGUCCUAUUGCACUGCAAAUUCUUUACUAUGCUGUCAUAGCUAAGGCGUCUUUAAUGACUGCUGCUAUGGUCUAUUUAUUUUUCCAUUUCAAGACGGUACGAUAUUCAACGUUGGAGACGCUAUGGCUUCUUAUCUCGAACAUCCCGAAAACUCUCCUAACUCCAUAUUGUGCAAUCAAACACGGGCAAAAUCAUGGCCCACUGCAAUUUCCUUCUUAG